AUGGCUCAUAAUUCACGUCCAACAACGCCACUAAGACGAUAUUCAGGGUUUAGUGAUGCUUCAGAGGAUGAUGGAGAUACCAAAACUCCAUUGGAAACAACCCUUUUCUCACGGUUUGUGGACUUAAACGAUGGGUUUGCGCAGUUUGAGGCCAAUAUGCACCGAAUGCAGCAGGUUCAUGAGUCGAUUACAUGUUUUAAUGAAUCUUUUUCUUCUUUUUUAUAUGGAAUUCAAAUGAAUGCAUGGUGUGUUGAGUUUCCAGAGGCACCAAGUAGCGGGUCUUUUGAACGGUACGAGAAGAGAUUGAUUGAGCUGGCGCAUGAAAAGGAACUUCGAGAACAACAAGAACGUGAGGAAAUUGAAAAACAAAGACUGCUCGAAGUUGAACGACAACGCGAUCUAGAGAUCGCAAGGGAGCGAUUGAUAUCUGAGCAACAACAACAGCAACAGCAGCAACAGCAACAGCAACAGCAACAACAGCAACAGCAACAGCCGAGACAGCAGCACCCUAGAUACCUUACCAGAAGUAAAACGACUGAAAAGAAAACGCUUAAGCGGCCUACUGACUACACACCAGGUCGGCCUACUUAUGGCAAACCGCCCCAGUCAAAGCUCAAAUCAACAAACGGAACAAGUCGAAUACCAACACGACCUUCUUGGAAAUAA